GCUACAUUACGUUGGAGUGGCAGAGCAGCACUUCAGCCUGGAUCCUCGUUAUGUAAUGCUGCUGCACGGCGGAGAGAAGCCGAGGGGAAAACUGACGGAUGGCUGUUUUAGUGACAAAUAACGGCGCGGUGACUUAUGACUGAUCGACUGCCGUCGGAAAGAACAAUGUUAAGUGUAAAUCGCUGGAGUGCAGUGUGAGUGAGCCCAUCUGGGCAUCGGUGGCCUAUCUCUGAGGUGCACAGACGUCUGGAGCCUGCGGAAGCUUCUUUCUUUUUCAGCCGACCAGAUGCGAGUCUCUGUUUAAAUGUGUCUCCUAUAGCAGUAGAAAUAAACCAAUGCGGGUUUGUUUUAGUGAAGAAACAGGUUCAUAUUUUGUUCUUCUCCAUCAAUUUUGCACUGGUUUAAUCCAACGGCCUCUGCGCUGUGGUAUAAACAAUGGCGGGUCCCGAGCAGUCCCAGCAGCAGCAGCAGGUAGAGGAGAAGGCAGAGUACAUAGAUGAUGCUGAGAUGGCCCUGCAAGGUAUUAACAUGCUGCUCAACAACGGCUUCAAAGAGAGCGACGAGCUUUUCAGGAGAUACAGGAGCCAGAGCCCACUGAUGAGCUUCGGGGCCAGUUUCGUCAGUUUCCUGAACGCCAUGAUGACAUUUGAAGAGGAGAAGAUGCAGACGGCCUGUGACGACCUGAAGACCACUGAGAAGCUGUGUGAGAACGACAGCACCGGAGUCAUAGAGACAAUCAGAAACAAGAUUAAAAAGAGUAUGGACUCCCAGAGGUCAGGCGUUGUGGUCGUGGAUCGCCUACAGAGACAGAUUAUUGUUGCUGACUGUCAGGUGUACCUCGCCGUGCUCUCCUUCGUCAAGCAGGAACUUUCAGCUUAUAUCAAAGGAGGCUGGAUUCUUCGUAAGGCGUGGAAAAUGUACAACAAGUGCCACAGUGAUAUCAGCCAGCUGCAGGAGGGCUGUCAGCAGCGGUCCUGCGUCCAACAGGAGUCCCUCUCCACGGACAACGCCAACCACAACGCACCUGUGGAGAACUGCGUGACGGCCGAGGCCCUGGACCGGCUCAAGGGCUCCGUCAGCUUUGGCUACGGCCUCUUCCACCUCUGCAUCUCCAUGGUACCGCCACACCUGCUCAAGAUCAUCAACCUGCUGGGUUUCCCUGGUGACCGUCACCAGGGCCUGUCCUCCCUUAUGUAUGCAAGUGAGAGCAAGGACAUGAAGGCACCGCUAGCUACGUUGGCCCUCUUGUGGUACCACACAGUAGUGCUUCCUUUCUUUGCUCUGGAUGGCUCUGAUACACAUGAGGGGCUGCUGGAAGCGAAAGCUAUUCUGCAGAGAAAGUCGGUGGUUUACCCCAACUCGUCUCUCUUCAUGUUCUUUAAAGGACGAGUUCACAGGCUAGAGUGCCAUAUCAACAGUGCUUUGGCCUGUUUCCAUGAUGCAUUAGAGCUUGCAUCAGACCAAAGAGAGAUCCAGCAUGUGUGUCUCUAUGAGAUUGGUUGGUGUAGCAUGAUAGAGAUGAAUUUUGAAGAUGCAUACAGGGCGUUUGAAAGGCUGAAGAAUGAGUCACGUUGGUCGCAGUGCUACUAUGCCUACUUGACCGGAGUGUGUCAGGGUGCUUCGGGUGACCUGGAUGGAGCAAGUGGAGUUUUCAAAGAUGUGCAGAAGCUGUUCAAGAGAAAAAAUAAUCAGAUAGAACAGUUUGCUGUCAAAAGGGCUGAGAGAUUGAGAAAGAUCUCGCCCACCAGAGAGCUAUGCAUCCUCGGUGUAAUUGAAGUGCUGUAUCUGUGGAAAGCGCUUCCAAACUGCUCCUCAUCUAAACUGCAGAUAAUGAAUCAGGUGUUGCAGAGUUUAGAUGAGGCUUCGUGCAGAGGCCUGAAACACCUCCUUCUUGGUGCCGUUCACAAAUGUCAUGGAAAUAUGAGGGAUGCCGUUCAGUCAUUCCAGCUGGCUGCUCGGGAUGAGUACGGACGACAGAUCAACUCGUAUGUUCAGCCGUACGCCGUAUAUGAGCUCGGUUGUAUACUCCUUGCAAAACAGGAGACUGUGGGAAAGGGGAGAUCAUUGCUACUUCAAGCCAAGGAGGAUUUUACAGGCUACGACUUUGAGAACAGGCUUCAUGUCCGCAUCCAUGCAGCCCUGGCUACUUUGAAGGAAGUAGUGCCUCAGUGACUCCAGGAAGGGAAGCUGCAACGGCUAAAGCUAUGCUCAUGGCUGUUUACACCAAGUUUUAAGCCAUUCAAAAUAACUGUAUGACAUCCCAGUGAACAUACUCUUGUGUUUUUAAUUCUUAAAGGAUUUGGGGAAAUACACUUAUUUGUCAUCUUAACCAGUCAGAUUCUUAUGAAGUUUCAUCUCUGUGCAUUUAGUACAGAAAUAAUCUAUGUAUAGUGAUGGGAUUGAAAUGACUAGCCUAGCUAUGGCUCGCAAACCAAAAGCCUAAAAUCUCUAAAGCUAUGAUACAAGUACAGACUUGUCUUGUUAGACAGCAAGCUCGUCACCAAUACAUCCGUACUUGGCUAUCGUUAUUGCAGUUCAAGCCCACUAAUGCGAUAGGACUGCCUUCUGCCAUGUAGCCAAGAUGGUGACCAUCGAGGAUGAGAAAUGUCCAGUGUUCUUCACUGAACUUUUUGACCGUUAUAAGCACACCAUCCCAAUUCAAUUUGUCCGAGCUACUUAGCUAGCUGUUUCCCCUUGGUUCCUGCCCCAUGCCUAUAUCUGAACAGGAUGCACAGAGAUGAAAUUGAUAUCAAUCAUUGGUACUGGGGAAACCACAAACAAGCACAUUUCCCCAAAUUUCUAACUGUUUCUUUAAGUGUUUUCCGCGCCCAAAUGUAUUAGCUGGCUAGUAACAAUUUUCCUCAUUAACGUGUGUACUUGGAGGAUUUUAGUAAUGCCUCCCCCUCCCUAUAGUGAGCAAUUCAGCACAUACAAGUAACGUUUUAAUGACAUCAUAUUUCCCUUAAUAGUAACUUUACAAUGAUAAAUAUACCGGUAUUAGUGUUUUUCACAUUCUUUAAAAACAUUCAGACGACAUUUGAGCAUAUUACUUAAAGAAUCACAUAUCAUGAAAAAGACAAGAGAAGAAAUAGUCAAAUUUAAAAUGUGAUUUUAUACAGUCAUAUAAAGGACUCCAUACUCCAUGGGUUGAUACUUGUUUAUCAAUUACUGCUUUUAAAAGUAGUGCUUUUCCUAAUUAAAAUCUGCUUGUCAAAUUGCAAAUGGGCUUUGAGUCGCAUCACAAAGGGGCCACUUACAUUUUGCAAUGGAAAUAAAAUGACAAACUUAAAGUUAAAUUAGUGACCAUGGGAAUAGCUAUAUAAUGUCAAAGAAAUGUCACUAGUCACCUAAAAUUCCUACCAUUCAAGUAGUUAGACGUCAUACAUUUAUAGUAAUUGAGAAAUCACAACACUUCACAAUGCCCUCAUGAUGUUUUUCAUGUGAAAACAGCGGGCAUUGAUCCUGUGCACUAUGCACGGUAUGGCAGGGUAACAGUGACUGUACUGAAGUCAAAUGUACCCAGAUGUCCAUCCCUGCAAAUACAUAUAUAAGGUAUUAUAAUACAGUACACUCUGGACUGUAAUGUUAACAUUUAGAGGUGCUGUUAAAUGUCAGCCUAAUUAACUUAUAUUACUAGUGACUUAUUUUAAUAGUGUUUUAGUGAAACAAGCUUUUGAAUUAGUCCAUAAUAGUGACAAGUUUAUUUAUUACAUAACAGAAGUUGUACUUUUGCAAGUGUUAUUUACAGUAUGCCAUUUUAGUUUGAGAUCCUGCGAUGGCCAACAGGAGAGACUGCAGUGUUGAAUUGGACAAAGAAUAAUAUUUCCGUGAUAAGAGUGAUUUUAACAACCUUUCUCAACACAGUUUAACACUGUACAUAUGAAUCAUGUGCAGGGUAUUACCUUUUAUUAAUGAGCACUCAUAUUUGUCAUGCAAGCAAUAUAAGCAAAAGGAUCUUACAGUCAUUUACAGAUGCUUUCAACAGUGACUAUCUGCGUUUUUCAUCCCAUGUUCAAGGUUGUGGACAUUUGUUUUGCUCACGCCAAGCUGGCUUUAUACAAAGCCAGUCAUCCCCUGUGGCUGUGAUGGAUGUAAACUGUGGUAAAUGUCCUGGUGACCACUGCAAGUGGGCAGUGCGGUGCAAGUAACGUAACGGUGAAAUGUCGGUAACCUACCUGCUGUACCAAAUACUUCUGUCACUGAAAUAUCUUUUCCUUUUGUCAUGAGAUUUUGUUGAAAUUGAGGUUACAUGUCAGGAUGAUGGUGUUCCAAUGUGUCACUGAACUCUACAAUAAACUGUUCUCCAUUAAUCUA